AUGAGGGCUAAACCAUAUGACAUGAUCACAGUUCAAGAGAGGCACCCCGCGCCACGCCCCCAAGCCAGGUGGUAUGCUGGCUACGGCGCCGCUUCUUGGCAAGCCUCGAACACGCAGUCCUCGUCGUCCUCCUCCAGCGGCGCCCUUUUCACUGCUCCGGCGCCCAAGGCCUCGCCCUCGGCUCUACCCUACCCGCUGCCCCACGGCGAUUCCAUCGGGCUCAAGGGCGGCGUGAGGUCCCAGGAAGCGAGAGUCGAGGGCGCUGUGUGUGCUUCGCCGAGUCGCUCGAAGGCGGUCGAGUCGCGCCACGCCGGGGCGGGAGCGGUGGUGCACAUCAGGCGCCACACCGGGGAGAAGCCCUACCACUGCCUCUUCUGCCCCUACAGCGCGGCGCAGAAGGUCCAGGCCCUCUGGGAAGUGCUCGUCCCCAGCGGCGUGUCCGUGCCCCACCACCACCACCCUCACCACCAGCAGGCCUACUCGAAGCACCAGCUGAUACGGAAGUACAAGUGCCCCUACUGCGGCAUCGCCAUGAACCACCGCAACAACAUGAGGAAGCACAUCCGGAUCCAUACCGGGGAGAAGCCCUACUUUUGCAAGCUGUGCGACUACCGGGCCCCGAGGAAAGACAUGGUCGAGAAGCACGUGUUCAUCAAGCACCCCGGUCAGGAACCCAGCGUGGUGGCUUGCGAGACGCAGUUUUUGGUGUAG